AUGGCUACGCCGAUGAAUGGUCGUAGGUUUUAUGGUGAUCCGACAAUCUACGCCUUGUCCACUGCUCCUGGUCGAGCAGCCAUUGCCAUCAUCCGCAUCUCCGGUUCAGCAUGCAAGGAUAUCUAUCACAGCCUUUGUCCUGGGCAAAAACCAUUGAAGCCUCGUUAUGCUGCCGUGCGGACCUUAUAUCGUCCUUGGGCUAAGCCAUCUCCAGACAAUCUCCUGGAUUCUAGUGCUUUGGUCCUCUACUUUCCAGCUCCAAAAACAGUAACUGGGGAGGAUCUUCUUGAGCUGCACGUGCAUGGAGGCACAGCUGUUGUUAGAGCCGUCUUAGCUGCCAUCUCCCAGUGCUCGUCAGCUCCCGGUGCUAUUCGAUAUGCAGAAGCCGGGGAGUUCACAAGGAGAGCUUUCAUGAACGACCGUCUUGACCUGACACAGGUAGAAGCCCUGGGAGACACCCUCUCUGCAAAUACCGAGCAGCAGCGUCGUCUGUCAGUACGUGGCACUACCAACAACUUGUCCAUCCGAUACGAGUCAUGGCGGAAGAUGCUCCUGGCAGCAAGAGGCGAGCUCGAAGCCUUGAUUGAUUUCUCGGAGGACCAGCAUUUCGACGAGUCGCCAUCCGAGUUGGCAUCUUCUGUCGCAGAUCAGGUUCAAGACUUGGUGCUCCUGAUUGACACGCAUCGUCGUAAUGCAAUGCGCGGAGAACUGCUACGUAACGGCAUUGCAAUUAGUUUACUUGGCGCGCCUAAUGCUGGCAAAAGCAGUCUGCUCAACCGCAUUGUUGGCCGCGAGGCUGCUAUCGUCAGCCAAGAAGCAGGCACGACCCGCGAUGUGGUCGAAGUCGGCAUUGAUCUAGGCGGUUAUCUCUGUCGCUUGGGCGAUACUGCUGGCCUGCGAAGUGCUGUCCUUGCGACUGCCAAAGCUCAACAAGAGCACAUGCAAGAGAAAAUCAGCAUGAUCGAAGAGGAAGGUAUGAGGCGUGCCAAGCAGAGAGCAAUCGAAAGCGACGUCGUCAUCGCAGUCUUAUCCUUGGAACUUGAAGGCAAGAAGGUGGUCCUCAAACCAGAUCAAGAAGUCAUCGACACUGCUGCUGAGCUUGCGGAACAAAAGUCGAAUGUUUUGGUGGUACUCAACAAGAUCGAUCUGCUCUCAGGACAUGCCUCCGAGCUCGAAAACUUCCGACGACAGGUCGCUGAUGCCCUGCCGCACGUCAGACUCGAAAACAUCUUCGCCAUCUCUUGCAGAGAUGCAGAGAUAUUUACGGCUCCAGACGCUGGCCACAUUCCGAGUUUCCUCUCAGGUCUGAUCAGACAAUUCGAGGAUAUGACAUCAGCGGUAGCAGCUACGGACGAUGACACCGAUGCUUCGAUUUGGCAAGAGUCUCUUGGUGCAACAGAGCGUCACAGACUUCUACUUGACGAGUGCCAGUUCCAUCUCGAGCAGUUCUUAGGACAAGUGGAAGCCGGCACACAGAACACUGAAGAUUCCGGUCUCGAGGAGAUUGACGUCGACAUUGUUCUGGCCGCUGAGAACUUACGUGACGCUGCCAACUGUCUUGCCAGAAUCACUGGUAAAGGCGAAGCUGGCGACGUGGAAGAAGUACUCGGAGUCGUGUUUGAGAAAUUCUGCGUUGGCAAAUGA